AUGGAUGUUGUUGGGUGUGUCGCUGCACCCGAGGUGACGCUCCCAACGUUGCCCAAGGAGCUUCUGGUGACUAUAUUUGGCCUCCUAAGUUCACACGAAAGGACGAUGACGUUGUUCCUUUAUUCGCGCCCAGAAUACCGCGCGCCGGCGAUGCUAAUGGCUCCUUGGAGCUAUCCGCUCGGUCAAUCUCUGCCCAUCCUGGCCGCAUCCACCAAGCUCAGGCAGCUCACCAUCCAUGGCCCUGGCGUCCACGCGGCUGCCAGCUCCGGAACCGGCACCGUCACCCAGUCCGCAUCCACCACCUCCUCCUCCUCCUCCCUCUCUGCCAAGGCAGCCGGCUGCGUCCUCCGUGCGUGCAUUCGUCCAGCACCAGCUCCGGUCCAUCAACAGCUCCCGAGCCACCUGAACCUUCUCAAUCUACGCGAGCUGGUCAUCAACAGGUGCUUCUACCAGGGCAGUGACGACUCGCACGAUAUUCUGGUGCUGGAUGGCGGCGCUGUGGAGGCCUGGGCUGCACUGGGGGCGGCCCUGCAGGCGCUGCCCCUUCUGGAGCGCCUCGACCUGGCGCACACGCACGCCAUCACCUACUGUGACCCAGCUCGCGGCGUCGCAGCUGCACCGUGGCCGCCGCUGAGCAAGCUUCGGGAGCUGUCGCUUGCACACGACCUGUCAGUGCAGCCGCCGCCACCGCCGCCAAUGAUGGGCGGCAGCGGUGUCGGUGAAGCUGGUGGUGUGCGGGGCAGCGGCGCCGCGGCAGAUGCUGAUGUUCCAGCGGUGGUGGUGGCGCCCACCGGCGGCUUCACUGCAACCGUUUCUCAGGCCGGGUUUCCUACAGCUACGGCCGCAAUCGGCUACAAUAACUACGCCGAUGACCUUGAUGCUUCGGGUACCCAUGUAGACGACUUUAGAAACGGGUUGGCGGCAGCUGCGGGGGUAAGAGGAGGAAGCUUGGAAGCGGCAGCCGAUGACGAGGUGGAGGCAGCGGCUGAAGAGAUGGAAGCGGCGGCUGUCGGCGCGCUGUACGGCCCCCCCAUACUCACCGUCGACGCGACUCACGCGCUUGUGGAGCUACUUACCUGGCUGCCCAGCUGCAACUCGCUGUCAUCCCUGGAUCUACGGUUCUGCGGCUUGGAGGCGGUGCCACUGGUUGUGGCGCACCUCCCGUCGCUGGCGCGGCUGGAUUUGUACGGCAACCCACUGGUGACGAUGCAGCUGCCGGGCCCGCUGCGUAUUUUGGCGUGGUUGCGGUUCAGCUUGGACCCUUGCUACGAUUUACUGGCCGACAUGAUGGCGGCGGAGGUGGGCGAGGAGGCGGCAGCGGCGGAGAUGUGGACGGUGGAGCUGCAGGCGCCGCAGCUGGAGGAGCUCGAGGUGGAGAGCACCAGUGCGCGCGCUCUGGGGCUUCUGUGGGCGGCCGCAGCUGGCCUCCCGUGCAUGCGGCGGUUGGUGCUGACAGAUAAGAGCGCAGAGGCUCUCAGGAGCUGA